AUGCUUAAGAAUCUUGCCAGUAAUCGGCCAGGAACCUGUUCUCUGGGCUGGUGUGGGAGGGCACAGGCUGGCCGCCGAGGUGCUGUUUUUGGUCUGCUGGUAUGGACACUGAUCGCUGGGACAGAGUAUUUCCGGGUCCCUGCCUUUGGCUGGGUGAUGUUCGUUGCAGUAUUUUACUGGGUCCUGACGGUCUUCUUCUUAAUCAUCUACAUGACCAUGACCUACACCAGGAUCCCCCAGGUGCCAUGGACCACAGUGGGCCUCUGCUUUAAUGGAAGUGCCUUUGUUUUGUACCUUAUUGCCGCCAUCGUAGACGCUUCCUCGGUUACCAAAGAGAGGGACAGCCACAAUUACAACAGCUGGGCCGCCUCCUCGUUCUUUGCCUUUGUGGUCACCAUCUGCUAUGCUGGGAACACGUAUUUCAGCUUUCUGUCGUGGAGAUCCCGGACCACACAGUGAUCGCCAUUUCGACGAUGAUUUUAAUUGAAAGAACAUUGCUGUAAAAGCCGCCACGAGUAGCAUGUACAUUUCCAGAGAACUGUGUUUUUGGCGUGUUUUUGUACACUUAAUCCCAUUGUGGUCGCUAUGGUCAGUUGCAAGUAAACUGGAUAUUUGUUUACAAAACACUGUAAACCCUUAGGACAAAACCUUUUCAGUACAUUGUUACAAACUUUGUAAAUCCUAUUUUUUCUUAGACGAUAAGUAAGAAUUGCUAAUGUUAAGAACACAUCCACUUUGUAAAUCUAACCUUUAAAAUGCCAGACUUUUUUUUUUUUUUUUUUUUGAUUAAAUGUUUGAAAAUCAUCCAUAAACUUCAGUGUCUGAGUUUUGGGGAUACAUGGAAGAAAAUCGAGUCUUUUCAUUACAACCAAAGCAUGUCGCUCCAUGGGACGUUGAGUGCUUGCAAGAUUAUUUAGGAGAAAGCUACCUGGAUUAGCAGAGCAAGUUUAGGGGAUUAACUCAUCACCUGUACACUUACAGUCACUGCCUUCAGGCUCCUGUGUUCUACAACAGAGAUGUGAAAGGGCUGGCUAAAUCAGAUGAAAUAUUAAUUCCAAAAUGCUUCAGAAAAUGCAUUAAAAUACAACAGAACACAGAUAAUAUUAAAAUUAUGCUUUUCUAAGUCAGUAUGUACUCCAUAGGGGUCUUUAUCUACAAUUUAAGUUUGGCACCACUGUCCUAUGUGUUUUGAAAAUCUGUCAAAGGGAAUUCAUUCAAUGGAAUAUAAUUUAAAAUGGCAAAACCAAGCCAAAUGACAGGAAAAUACGGGGUCUUCAGAGAUCUGUCUUCUAGAACUGGUAAGCUUUUGGACCAUCCCUGGAAUAGGACCAUAACUACAGUUGGGAGAUCCAGGCUUGACGCCCCCCAGGUGAGGUGGGGGACCUCAGUUCCAGUCAUGUGAACCCCCCAUCCUUCUGACUCUGCCUCCAGUAGAAGGACUCACCAGCUUCAGAACAUCCAUCCUCUCUUUGGCAUCAGCCUUCCCCCACCCAAGUAGCUCUCUCUCUUUGGCAGGAGGCAGGCCUUCAGCGACUUGAAUAUGUCCCAGGAUGGGAUCCUUCUCCCCCCACAGAAUGCCCACUCCCUUCUCUCAACCCCAAAUUGACUAAUAACGACACUGCUGUGGACAUAGAAGUAACCCCCAUCCUCAUUGGCCACAGCCGUCACUGAAUGUUUCACAGCAAACCCACACAGGGGAAAGUUGCCAGCUCAACUUGGGCUUAAAAAACCAUGAUCCUUUGGGCUAAUAACCAGGUUUAUGGCUCCCAAAUCGCUAGGAAUCACACACAUGUACACAGAAUACAAAGGGAACUGUGCUCAUCUGUUCUGUUGCCACCAGGGUCUCCGUCUUCAAUCAGCAACACCCUCAAAGGCCCAGGAAAUCACUCCACAUCUGCAGGCUGAUUCCAGUUGCCCACAGCACCUGGGCUCACCCUGUUUUAUCCCCAGGACUGCAAAGGGAGCCAGAGUCCUUUCCAAAAUCUGCUAAUUUAGGACAAGCAGAUCCAGGGUGUCUUUGAAUACACUUGUUGAAUAAGGAUGAACUUGGUAAAAUUUCUUUAGGGCUGUAUCAAUGUUAUCUAGAUCUCACAACCAACUCUGAUGCAGGUAUUAAUAUGAUCUUGAUUUUCCAUUUAAGGAAAUUGAGGCUGAAAGGUUAGGUAACUUUCCCAGAGUUUAUACAACUGGGAAGAAACCAAGGCCAGAUUUGAACUCAUGUUUUCCUGACUUCAGGUCUAACACUCUCCUUAUUAUGUCACCUUGCUUCCUUUGUUUUACUAAAUUAUGUCAGAACAUUAGCCAGGAGAUCCAGGAAAAGGAUGGGAAAAAAUUCCUAUAGUAAUGUUUCUCCACAUGUCAAGGUAUCAUCCUCAUGAUGUCAUCGGUCCUCUUUGAAGGUGAAAGGUGAACAACAAUCCUCGAACUCAUUUCCCACCUUAAUUUCCCUCCUGUGUAUGGGCCCCUGCUUCUCACUGGCUCAGCAUGGCUGGUUGGCUUAUAUUCUGUUAUAUUCUCCUGUUGUCCUAUAGAAAUGAUAAAGUGCCAUCAGGCAAGAUCUAAUUAGUCUCAUUGCCAAUAUAUUUUUAAAGCCCUCUUUAAAAUAGGGCUGAAUAGAGCUGGAUGUUUUAAAGGAAAUAUAAUCUCUGCCCUCAGAGUUUUCCAUCUGAAAUGGGAAUUCAGGCAAGCCAUCAUGCAGUACUUUUAAAGCACCUACGAUGUACCACU